AUGGACAACUCCCGGCUGCUGAGCUUGCCUCCUGAGCUGCGGAACGAGAUCUACCGCUACGUCCUUGUCUCAGACACUCGUAUCAUAGUGUCCCUUGGGCCAACCGCCGAGCCGCCCGAGAUCUCACCAAAGCUCAAAGUCAAAGCGAAAGACGCUCUGAUGCCCCUUGCCGACGACCUGGUGCACCAAGAGUACGAUCGGAGCAGCAUUGCUGCCCGCCUGGCACUCACCUCCGUAUGCAAGCAGAAGCGAGCCGAAAGCCUUCCAAUACUUCUAGGGGAGAAUAACUUCACGAUGGUCAUUAUAAACGGUCAGUACAGACCCCUGAUACGCAUGGAUACGCGUCUCUACUUCCUGCUUCUCAGAGGAUGGCUUAGCUGUCUUGACGGCUUCGCGCCGUGCUUGAAGCAUAUCACGUUGGACCUAGGUGUACGAAUCGAACACCGAGACCCAGACGCAAAGCCCCUUCUCGAGACCCUCAAGGGCUUGAAAGCUGUAUUCAGGUCGUUUAGUUGCGAUUCAGUCGUUUUUACGCGCAUUCACCUCGGUCAAUUGCCACGAGGGAAGGAUUCGAGACUCCACGCGCAGCUCGGUGGCAGCACUAAACAAAAAGCGCUCGAUUUCCUGGCCGAUGCUGUGGAGGUGGUUAGAGAUCAGCUUUUCGAAAGGUAUGCAAAUGCCGAAGAUGAUGUGCUCAAGAAGAAGGGACUGAGCGAUCCGGGCGCACUUAGAAAGGUUGAAGACAAUCUGUUUGGGUGGAAAGCAUGGGUAGAGGCUGUGCUGGACAAGAUGGAUGAAGAUCCUUUACUGCGUCUGAAGAACGAGUAG